AUGAAUUUAGUUAAAAAUGGCGCUAAUCUACCAUAUUAGCAUAAGCUAGAUAUUAUGGAUACUAAAGUUCACUUUCCAAUUAACUAACCUUAUCCUUAGCAAGUGAAGUAUAUGCACAGAGUUAUAGAAGCAUUAACUUAAAAUAAUGGUUAAAAUGCCUUACUUGAAAGUCCUACUGGCACUGGAAAAACUUUGUCACUUUUAUGUGCAUGUUCUUCUUGGUUAAAGGAGGCAAGAGAAAGAUGGUUUGAAGAAAAUAAAGAAAAAUUAAGACACUUCGAUAGCUAUGGUCAAUAAAUUUCCAAUGAAGAAUAUAAAGCAAUAUUAAUGGAUUAAAUCCCUUAAAAGCCGAAAAUAAUCUUUGCUUCAAGAACACAUUCUUAACUUGAAUAAAUCUAUAAAGAGAUAGACAAACUUCGUUAUGAUUUGAAAACUAUAACAAUAGGUUCUAGAGAUUAGUUUUGCAUAAAUGAUGAGAUUGACAAGAACUUGGAUAACUCUUAAUUUAAAAGUGUGAUGACAUACGAUAUUUUAGUAGCAAAUAGUAGAUUCUAUAACAAAAAGUACUGUCUGAAAUCAAAGAACUAUAAAUGGAAUCUUCAAUAGGAGAGGAAAAAGAAAGAAAUGCAGAACAUGAUGAUAGAAUACAUUCUCAAAUUCAUGGCUUUGCUUAGUAAAAGAACAUCAAUGGUAAAAGCUAGCGAGAUAAAACUAAUGAGAAAAUUAGAAAUUUAACUAGUAAAGUUAAUGAAAUAGCUAUGA